CUUAAUUGACUCUAUCAAAGAGCUGCAAAUCUUCCAUGGCCGCAUCUCACAAUGAAUCCUCUCGAAAGGUGUUGAUCACUGGUGUGAGCAAAGGAUUAGGAAGAGCCUUAGCGUUGGAGUUGGCUACUCGCGGCCACACCAUAAUCGGUUGCUCACGUGAUCAAACCAAACUUGAUUCCCUUCAAGAACAGCUUUCUAAGUCCUCUCUAAUUCAGCAUUUCCUCUUCAAACUCGAUGUGAAAUCAAACGACAACGUUGAAGAAUUCGCACAAAUUGUGGAAAAAGAGAAACUUAUUCCUGAUAUCAUUGUGAAUAAUGCAGGUUUGGCUCAUGGAAAAGCCAAGAUAUGGGAACUUGAUGUGCGAGAUUUUGAUAACGUUAUUGAUACCAAUAUCAAAGGAACUGCAAAUAUUUUACGUAAUUUUAUUCCACUUAUGAUGCAUAACAACUACGGAAUUAUUGUUAAUAUGUCAUCGAGUGCUGGAAGAUCUACCCAUGCAGAUUUUGCACCAUAUUGUUCGUCGAAAUGGGCAAUCGAGGGAUUAAGCAAAUCUGUGGCAAAGGAGCUACCAAAGGGCAUGGGAAUUGUAACAUUAAAUCCAGGCUCUAUAUACACGGACAUGCUCGUUUUAUGCUGUGGUGAUUUAGCAUCGAAAUUUCAAUCUCCUGAAAAAUGGGCUAUUAAAGCAGCAACUAUGAUCCUUGAUUUAUCACCAGCAAAUAAUGGUGAGUCUCUCACCGUUAAUAAUCCACUAUGA